CACGUUUCAGACUUCGCGGUGAAGACGUUAAAGUUAAACUCCGCAAAGUUUUAAGUGUUUCGUGAUAAAAAUUAAAGUAGUGAUACGAUCAAAUACGAGGCCCAGGAAGGCAGCUUCCUGUCGCGCCAAUCGGAGUGAAAAAAGGAGGAAAAUGUCGUGCCGCUGAAGAAGCCGUUUGUGACCGUGUGAGUGCGUGCGUGCGUGUGUGAGCACGGGGUUAGAAUUCAGUGCUGGUGGGCGGGGGUGUUUGGAAGGAAAAAGUUGAAUGAAAACUGCAUCCUUCUGAGCGAGAAUAGGCACUACGGGUGUGGUGGGGUGAAGGUGGUUGCGUGAAAAGUGCAUUUUUUGCAAGCGGGUUUGCGUUGUUCUUGGGCUUCUUUGUUUUGUGCCGAAGAGGAGUUUUUUUGCUCUGAAGAAACGGGAGAGCGUCGUUCUCCGUGUGCCGCAAGAAGGAGAGAGAGAGAGAGCGCCAGGCUGCUGCGACCCGAGGAAGAAAGUGUACCAACAACGACUCCGCAUCCACGACGACGAGGACGAGGACAGCCGACCCGCUGCAUGAAAUUCAGAGAUUCUGCGUACAGCAAUCGCAAACUAGUUCUAGUGAUAGCAGAGGCUGAAUCUACUGCCAGAAACGAAACCAAAGUGGCCAACGACGAAGGAAGGAGAGUAGAGUAAAGUCUGUCAUUAGCGAAACGAAACCACCCGAUCGCCGCCGUCGCCGCCGUCGCCGCCAUCGUUCAUCACACUUCACACAAUGGCAAAUACCGCCAGAAGAGUAUCAUCGAAGCGACAGCCGCAGCAGCAACCGUUGCUCAAACGGGAACGAUGGGCCAUUAGCGGCGUUCUUCUAUUGCUCACUGUACCGUGUGCGCUGGUUGCGGUAGCGCAAGCGGAACCGAUUCUGAAAAUCCGCACGACUGAAUUUUCCUCCUUUAACGAUACUGCCGACUUCCAAAGCUCAACGUCUUACAAUGCGCGCGGUAUGGCACCGCUGUACGAGAUCACUAACAUGGUCAUCGAUCUGUUCGUUGACGAGAAUCCUAUACCGGAGGGUUAUGUCAUCGUAAAGGAAGGCUCAAUCGAAGUGGGACCAAACAUUAAGGAUAACAAUUGGGGUCCACUACUGCGGCAGUACUGGGCGAUCUUGCUGGUGGCCGUCCUAUGUGUCGUCAUGAUAGCAAUAAUGCCAAUCGUGGGAUUGUGUUUGUGCUGCUGCCGGUGCUUCGGUGGAUGCGGUGGUCGAUCGCAGCCAUUUGACAAGAAACACGACACCUGCCGCCGGGCGAUAUUGGGCUUCCUGUUGAUUUGCUCCACCUCGGCACUAGUUUUCGGCGUUGUCGUAGCAUUCGUUACGAAUAGCUACAUGCAGCAUGGUGUAGAGAACAUCACCACUUCCGCUCGGCAUGGUGUACACGAUACACGACUCUUCCUGCAGACCACCUCUUCUCAUAUCGAUCAUCUGCUGAACAAGAACUACCAGGAGUUAAAUGCCGAUCUGAAGCAAAUGCUACAGGAUGCUUCGGGCAACAUCAUUCAGCGGCUGGAGGAAGAAUCGAAGGCUGAAAAGCUGACGAAGCUGUACGAGUUCGUCGAACAGCUUCCCGCUAUCCGCGAGAGUUUGCAGAAAAUGAAACAACUGACCAGCGAUUUGCGCAUCACCGCUUCUCAGCUUAAUGAUGGGCUUCGAGGAGUAAAGAGAGAGUUACUCACGUCGCUGAACAAAUGUGGCACGCAGGAGUGCAUUAAUGUGAUGGAGGAUUACAAGAUUGGGCGGUUGAAUGUGAAUGGGAUCGACUACAAUUCGCUGCCUGAUUUGUCGCAAAUCAUCCAGAGCGUGACGGAUCUAACGGAGAGUGGUUUGGGAGAAGCAAUUCAUGAUGGUGUCAAACAGAUGGACCAUCUCAAGAGCAAACUGAAGCAAACCGUGACCCAGAGCAUUCCGAAGGUACAAGCCGCCUCGGACUCGACGGGUAUGGCCAUCAAGCAGGUAUCGGAUAUGCUUACGUCCCGGUUGAAUGAUGUUGCCAAUGCGCUCGGUAACAAUUCGUACAAACAUCUGGACAUGGCGGAUGACUACAUUAAUCAGUACAGUAUCUACCGAUACUACGCCGGAUUGGGUAUCAGUUCAGUCCUGUUGCUGAUUCUGAUCUGCUUGGUGUUUGGUCUACUGUGUGGUAUCUGUGGCAAGCGACCUGAUGGUUACGGUGACGAUUGCUGUAAUAAGGGUGCUGGUGGCCGCUUCUUGAUAUUUGCCGUGGCUAUCAUCUUCCUAACGUUCUCCGUGAUUUUGGCCGUCUCAUUGGUAUCGUUCCUUGUUGGCACCGUCACGCGUCGAGCUGCGUGCGAUUCGUUGCGUGAUCCUAAGGAUGAUCAGCUUAUCAAUUACAUCGAUCAGUUCGUAAAUCUGAACAAUCUCUAUACACAACUCCGUGCGCAAACGGAGCGCUCGAAGACGAGACUGCGUACUAGCGAAACGGUUGAUCCGAUUCGUAUUGGUGAGGUGAUUGUGGCAUGUGAGAAAAAUGAAUCCAUCUAUAGCGUGCUCAAGAUGCACAACUUUGUUGACAUGAAUACACUUCGCAACUACCCGGAGGAUUACGGGAUAACGCGCGAGUUGGAAGCGCUUAAGGAAAAGAUCCAAAUUGAUUCGGUUCAAAUUCUGACCUCUGGCACACGGGAAGACAUCGAAGGGUUGCGUCUAUCCAAGCUGAACGAUUUUGAUGUCGAUAAAUUUACCGAUAAUCUGACCUUUAACAUCACGGAGUAUAAUCUGAAUGAGAUAGCGGAGAAAUUGCGCGAUGUAGCCAAUCGCGUACCUUCUGGAAAGGAAACGAACGAAAUUAAAGUGAACCUCAAGAAUCAGGCACUGCAUCUUUCUUCAUAUCAGACAAAUCUCGUUGAACCGAUGAUUGCUUCGACGAAUCAAUUGAUCAAGCUGUCUACCUCGCUGGACAGCAGUCUGAAGUUUGGCGAAAAAUCCUUCUCCGACGCCAUUGACAAGUUCCUUGAGCAAAUUAGCGGAGCAGAAGAGUAUAUCAACACGUACGGCAAAGCGUUCGUGCAGAACAUCACACUAGAGCUGGUGAACGGAUUUACGAAGCAGAUCUAUGCCUACAUCAACCUGGUGAUUGAUUCGACGCAAAACGACAUUGGGCUCUGUGGACCGGUCUUUAAUGUCUACCAGUCGGUGAUCGUAGCAUCCUGCAACCGCAUUGUGGAUCCUUUCAAUGGAUUCUGGGCGGGUGUUGUCUGGUGUCUGCUGCUGUUCCUUCCGUCGAUUAUAUUCGGCGUGAAGCUCUCAACGCUGUACCAAAAGUCGGAUCCUUACCCAGGGCCGAUGGUAGAAUCUGAGUAUCUAUACGACGCCUACACCGAGCGCGAUAACAUUCCUCUGGCGAGCGGACCAAAGAACAAGCGUCGCAAGAAGCAGGACCGCCGCCGAGAGUCUCGCGAUCGUCGUGAGAUCUACUACGAGGAAGGCAGUCCCUCGCAUAGCCGUGAUCCUCGCUAUAAUGACAUAGCACCGAAAAACUGGGAUGGAGCUCCGCCACGCUACCAGAACCCUCCGAUGGCCCCACCGGCAGCAGAGUACGAACGCCCACCACCGUACUACUAUCCUGGGGCACCGAGUGAACACGAGUAAGAUAGCGUGUUGCCAGCCAGUAAACAAAGCUAGCCAGCCAGCCAGCCAUGGAAUGUGCUUAAUCCUCUCGUGUCAUUUAAGAAGGAUAUGAUUCUAGAAGAGAGCACUCAAACCGAUGGCUUUACGUCUAAAGGCGCGAAACAUUUCGACCGGAUUUAUUGUCUUUGAACCGCAAUUAACAAAAUUCUUCGUACGAUGAAGGGAGAAUCAGGUUGUAGUUUUCUUUUAUUAUUGGUAAAACCACGAAACAUUUAUUCUGUUAUGAUUAUAAUCAGUAUGCAUUUGUCUUCUUAAAACAGCAAGCAGAGCAGGAAGAAGAGAAUAGAAUUAUCUUUAAGAACAGAAACGGCAAACUCCUCCCACAGCGGUUUGAAUAAUGUGUCGAGUGCUGAGUUGUGGAGCUUUUUGUAUCAGAGGAACCUUUUCUGAACAUUCAGUUUUUGUUUGUCCGAUUGAAUUGAGAGUGAGAAGUUUGUUUUCUUUCGUUUGUUUUUUUCUGUUUCGUUUAGCUGAACAGUAUGCGAAUAGAUGAAUAUAUUUGAUAAACAAUUCGAUCGAACUGAUUGGUGUUGCACACCUAACAGCAGAACAGGGGUUUGAGUUGUGUUUGGUUAGGAUAACGUUUGGUUUGUAACCAACGUACUACAAAGUCUUCUUAUUUUUAGAAAUUCAGCGUUAUGCUAGCGAAUGUUCAGGACUCGAAGGUGAAAUAAUUUUGAACGACGGCGUUAAUACAAAUUCAAACAGUGCACCGAAAAGCCAUUCCAGAAGAUUGAAGCGAAUAUCGACAGUUGGACAGAGCAAGCAAGCACGGAAGCAUACAAGCAAGUGCUACGACGACAGUGAAGGUAUAAGAUUACAUACACUUUAACCAAUGGAACCAUUCUAAUAGUGUGAUGGUUCCGAUGGCUCAAACCUGCCUGAAUCUGAACCAAGCCUAGUAGGAACCUGAAGAUGCUCAGUUUAUCAGUAGAAUUGAUUGUGGUGGAGCCACGUAUCGCGUUCGGUCCUGCGCUUCAGUGUAGCUCGUACUGCGCUAGGCAAUUAUACACCAUUCUCUCUCUCCUUCUCUCUUUCUUCCCCGACCAAUGGCGACGGUUCUGCCACGGGUUUUCCGAGUAGGUUACCCUGAAAUGUAUUGCUUGUAACUUUUAUAUCGUAUCUGUGCUUUUUCUUUCGUGCCCAUCGUUCACUGGAAUUCGAUUGUUGUUCAGAUUAUAGCGCGUGGAAUAGAGCACGGAAAAGGACUCGAUUUAUAGACGUAACAAGGCUGAUUAAUUUUACUGAAACCACUAACUCAGCGUUUAUGAAUCCCCGCUAUAAUGUGUGUGCGAGUCCAAACCAAAAAUGUGUGCGGAUGGAAAUGUGUGCUGUUUCCCAUUCCGCCUAUGGUAGCCAUUAGUGUGUGGAGAGGAGCACCGGACGAUUGCGUGUAGUGGAGCCUAUGUGCUGUUAGUAGAAUCUCGUUAUUAGUUUACUGCGAAAUCAUAAAUAUAUUUUAUUCGAAUUGCUUUUGCUGGUCAACAAUGUUUGCCCGCGAUCAUGCGACCAGGUCGACGAGAGAGCGAUAUAGCCGGGAUGAAGACACAAUUUUUGAUAGUUUUAGUCUCAUUUUUUAAACGAAACGAUAUUUUAGUUCCCUUAGAUUCCUUUUUAUAUCAACGACGGACGCGUUUAGUUAGUUUAUUUUCACAUCUGAAGUCCUGGCUUUUAGCAGCCUGGUAGCAGAUGUUUUGAAUUCCUUUUAAUGCAAUUCCUAUACUAGCCAACAAGCACCGAUAAAUCCAGAUGGACUUCCGUGAGACAACUGUGUAGCAAGUUGUCGAUUGAUUUUACAGCAAAGAAAACAAAGCAAAAUCAUAAAAAUGCGCAAUCCAAGUCGAGGUUAGAAGUGAAGGUGAUAAAGUAAUGGUUUUCCGGUUAGUGCUACUCAUCCUGAUUUCGCCUUUUGUGUAGGCCAUGUUUCUUCAUCUCAAGUUUGCAUAUUUCCAUGUUUAAGUGUACGAUAAUGCAUCUCUAAAUGAAUGAAGCAAAUCAAUCCUUUUAACGUAUAUAUUAUACAUACUAUCCGUAAACCCAGAAAAUCAUAAGCGUAUCGCACUACGUCUUAACAUGUGUGAAUGGUGUGAAUAGGAGAAUCCGUACCCCAUAGAAGAACAGUAUGUGGGACGCAUCGGUAAAAAAAACCCUUUUUAUCCUUAACAAAAAGAAGCCAUCUUAUCAAAGUGGCAGGCCAAAUCGCCAAGUCUCACCAAGUACCGUAAACACACAAACGUACCAUACAAAAAAUAAAUCAAAUAAACUGCGUAGCAAGUAAAACGGCAGAGAUAAAAACAAAUGGAAACAAUAUUAACAAUAUUACUUUGGUGGAGAAACAAUGUAAAACGCAGGCGAACGAAAAAAAAACUGUGCAUUUUUAUUCGCAAAAUCAUCACCUGCACCGGUUAGGAGUGAGGUUGAUGGGGUAAGGUAAAGAAGGAGCAGUGCCAGAUUUGAGAAAACUUCGAUGUGUCUUUUCUUAUUCGUCGAUACAAAAAUAUAGAGGGAGAGAAAGAGAGAGAGCAGACCGCGUUUGUAAGUGUACCUUUCCACAUGUGCAAGUUUCAUGUAACUUUCAAAUUUACCAUCACAAAGAUUGAAAAUGAAGUCCCAAUGAAGCAGUAAAAUGGAGCAAAAAAGAGAACAAAACGAAUCCAAUAAAUUAAGUACCGAUUAUCGUUGCCGUAGUUGGGCAUUGCAGGAUUCCGGAGAUUUGAAGCGGAGCGAAUAAUAUGCAAAGUUUGUGACGGGGGAAUGGAAGCGAAUUGUUUGAACCAUUCAAAAAAGAUGAAGAAAAAAACAUUGACUCCAAUAAGAAAUGGAGAAGACAAGUAACACAAUGCAAGAAAAAGGACGGAUGUUCCGGAAAGGCAGUAGCUGCACUGCAAACCAGAAACACUGAAACAUUACUGCGAAUAAGAAACAAAAUAAAGUGAUAAUACGAAUACAACACUA